GACGUAUUUCGCUGCGACACCAGGAAGUGCGGAAGACGACGACGAAAGCGGACUGAAACCAGAGACGACCGACCGACCGACCGACCGACCAGUUCACCACCGAGCCGUCAACUUUUUGAACACGUUUCGUUGGAAAACAAGUGCGUGACCGUCGAAGCGAGUGAACGAUGCCCAACAUGGAUACGCAUCUUUUCAAUUUAAAAUUUGCUGCCAAAGAACUGCAAAAAAACUCCAAGAAAUGCGACAAAGAAGAGAAAGUGGAAAAGACUAAAGUCAAGAAAGCCAUCCAGAAAGGAAACAUGGACGUGGCGAGGAUCCACGCGGAGAACGCCAUCAGACAGAAGAACCAGUCGGUGACCUACUUGAGGAUGAGCGCUCGGGUGGACGCCGUGGCCGCGAGGGUCCAAACCGCUGUCACGAUGAACCGGGUGACAAAAUCCAUGUCUGGAGUGGUGAGAGGCAUGGAUGUCACUCUCAAGUCCAUGAAUCUGGAGAAGAUUUCAUCCCUCAUGGACAAGUUUGAGCGGCAGUUUGAGACGCUGGACGUCCAGACAGCGCAGAUUGAAGACAGCAUGAGCAGCUCCACAACGCUCACCACUCCGCAGAACCAAGUGGAUUCAUUGCUGCACGAGAUGGCGGACGAAGCAGGGUUGGACCUGAACAUGGAGCUCCCCCAGGGACAGAUGGGCUCGGUGGGCACCAGCGUGGCCUCAGCAGAACAGGACGAGCUGUCUCAAAGGCUGGCCAGACUGCGAGAACAAAUAUGAGGGGCGAGCGACGUCGUACCACAGAGACCCGAAUAGUAUCUCUCCUCUCCACCUUGCUGAUUCUCUCUGUGGACCGUAGCUCCUGUUGCUUUGGUCUUUAUGACAAACAUAUAACUUCAAGACAUUGUGUAACUUCUUUGGGAUUGGAACAGAAAUGCUGAUAAUGGGAAAAUGUUGUUCUAAAGCGCAAUACACUGAAGAACUUGCAAACAAUCAACAUAAUGUGGUAUUUCUUUCACCACCUGUAGGCCAUAUAAUUGCGGUGAAGAAGAGUUGCUUCGGGAAGGUCUUGUGUUACUCAUGCUCUGUAACCUGUUGUUCUUGUACUGGCUUGUGAAAGAUAUUCCGACAAUUUGUGUGGUAAUCUACUGAUCGUUUGCUUCGGGGGUUACACUUUGCAGAUUACAAUAAACUUUUAUAAUAAUA